AGCUACCAACGAGCCCUACGGCAGGGGGCGUCAUGGCGGUCGGCGGCCAUUUUCUGGAGGCGGGGGCCGGCAGGGCUCCGCCCGCGAGCCGCCGGGGCCGGCAGCCGCCAUGGCGGAGUGGGGCCGAGGUCAGAAUGGAAGCGGUGUGGAGGAUAUGCUGGAUGUGGAGAACAAGCGUAUGGCAGACAGUCUAGCUAACAAGGUCACCAGGCUGAAGUCGCUGGCUCUGGAUAUUGACAAAGACGCUGAAGAACAGAAUCGUUACCUGGAUGGCAUGGAUUCAGAUUUUAUGAGUGUGACUGGCCUGCUGACUGGCAGCGUGAAGCGUUUCUCCACCAUGACACGGUCUGGGAGGGAUAAUCGCAAGUUACUCUGUUCUGUUUCUGCAGGACUGAUUGUUGUUUUCUUCAUCCUCUACUAUCUUGUGUCCAGAGCAGGAACUUGAUCUUGGUUCUGGUGUCGCAGUUUUACAGCAGAAAACCUACGUGAUGAUUGACAGACUCGUUUGUCACCUUUCUAAGUCUGCCCUGUUGUGGAAUCUUUGAGACUUUCCAGACAGACAUUCUAAACAACAAUUUCACCAGCUUCUUGUCAUUGUUCCAGCUGGUCAUCGACGUAUCUUUAUAAAAUGAGUAUGUUUCAUUCUAAAUGGAUUAUGAUGUAUAACACAAUUUUGAUGUUGUUAAUGCUUAAGACUUUAUCUCUUGCCUAGUUGUCCAUGUCUGGCAGCCUGUUUUUAAGGGCCACUUUUUUCUUACCUCCCUUACUGAUAUUUGAUACUAGGCUCACAAAGAGUUGUGUCUGAUAAAUCCAGAGACUCAUCAAUACUCAAAAGUUCAAUAAAUCAGCAGAGUUUUGGAAGCUGCAAAAUUUAGGAUGCUGAUUUAUAAACCUCAGAAGUAUGAACGUGACUUACUCCAAUUGGCAUCUAAGCUGAUACCUGGUCUCAGUUUCCCCUUGAGUUGGAGACCUGUUAAUAUCCUUGGUGUCGCUGGGAUGAAACAAAACCUGUACUGCUUUGAAAUGAAAUCAGCAUUAACUCUGAAUCCUGAUAUUCUCUAAUCGUUGCAGUGAAAAGUUGAUGAGGUAAAACUUUGGAUGGACCCUGCAGAAAAGAAGGACCAAAGUCCAUCAGCUGCCUUGAUUUGCACACAUAUAGUAUCUUUCCACAACCUUCCCAUACACUUGCAAAUGCACUCCUUUAGACCAUUAAUGCAGUGUAAAAGACAAACAAACAAACAAAAAAACUUAGUAAAAGGUCUUAGGGUUGAAGAGGAAGCUGAUUAUGGCCUCAUUACACUUAAUUUCAGGUAUUCCAGUACCCUGGUAUUAGUGCUUUGGAAAGACACUGCAAAUAAAAGCAGAGGUUGAGGUCAGGUGAAACUUCUAAACCAUGCUGUUGGGGUGGUGGUAGGUCAAGGAAAGAUUUGUUUGGAAAGUUAAUGGAUUUAUUUAUUAACAUGGAAGGUAAUCGAAGAAACUCUUAACUUGCUUUGCCUUUCACAGAGCUUUGCAGAUCCCUGACUGCAAUGCUUGUGUCAGACACGGCAAAGCACCUCCCCACCAGUUUUGUUUACAAAACAGUUGUUCCCAAUCAACAUGCAGUGCAUGCUAGACUUCCUGUCCUGUGGAGCACUCUGGGAGUGCAGUAGCUGGGAACUGCAAGUUCCCUUCACCCUUCUGUCCCGUUGUUGGGCUGACCAGCAUCUCACACACGCAUCGUAACCCCAGGUGUGUUCUUCCAUGGCUGAAUUAUUUAAGUCUGCCUCUAACUGGAGUUAAGAAAUCUGUAACUUUAAAAAUACUGUGCCUGUUGGGAGAGAGGAAAAUAAAAAAAGCUUUAUCUCCAGACAAACCUGCACUGUAUAAGCUUCUUGAUCUAUAAACCUUUCACUUUACAAAGCAGCUGUACAAAGCUCCUUUCAUCUUGUCUGUUUUCUGUACCAAGUGCCUAUUUGUUCUGGGAUUUGCUGUUCAAAGUCUUUGCUUAUUUGAUUUUCUUGUCCUCCUGCGAGCUCUGCAGGACUAAAGCAUUCCCCUUCUGCUUUCACAGUCUUUCUCCUCCCCAACAAGCCCGUAUUGGGUAGAUAUUUCCUUUGGCCUUGUCCUGGUAUCACUUAGCGAUAUCUUUGCCCUUGGACUCAUCCAGGUCCAGAUCUGGAAACGAAUGGUGGUGUCCUUCAUUCAGCUGUGCCAAAAUGCCAACCAAGUACUACCAGCACUAGUUUAGUUGUUUUUUUUUCCAAGUUUGAGGAAGAAUAUACAGGGAAGAAUAGGAAUGGCAUCAAGGACUUUGGUUCUUAUUGCUGCUUCUCUGUUAAAUGUGGCAGCUCCCAGCUUGGAGGAACGAUGGGUGAAUUGACAGACUGCUUUGAUUUCAGAAGCGGAUGGCUUCUGAUGAAAGGCCACUGGAACAGCCUGGUCUUCAUGAAGGUGGCCAUUUCAGUUUGCUUUAGCUGUUGUAAAUAAAGACCUGGUUUUACAUUUUU